AUGUUGGCUUGGCUCCAUGUCGCCGCGCGCAGCCUCUCUGGCGACAUACACGUCGAGGUUCGGCGGGAGGCCGAGACCCAGGCCGAGGAAAGAUGCGCCAUUGAUCUGCCUUGCUUCGAGAAGGCCACCUGCAUCGUGCUCAAUCUUGGAUCUCUUGGCCUCGCCCUGCCGCCUUCCGGGGUAUUCGCCCGGCUCAAAGAGCUGCAGCUGAUCGGCAUCCGGCUGCAGGGCCAGUCCGGGCUCGACGAUCUUCUCUCCCCGCAGCGGUGCCCGUCCUUGGAGUCCCUCCGCGUCGGCGAUGCCCGGGGUCUGGACAGCAUCAACAUCCACUCGGAAACUCUUGUACGUGUGGAGCUGCUGGAUCUGGUUCGCUUACAGGAGCUCACUGUCGUGGCACCGGCACUCAUUAGGUUAAAAGUGAGCAACUGCUUUACCGAUACUCUGAAUCCAGAGCUAUCGGUCGCCAACAUCUCUGCCCCUCAGCUGACGUCGCUCGACUGGAUGAAUUAUUAUCAUCCAAAUUCUAUCCAGCUUGACAAGGUGAUACAUCUCGAAAGUCUGGGCAUCCAGCUUUAUAUUCUAGAUGGAGAAGAUGAGGCUUUUGAAAACGACCACUAUGGCAUGACCCUUUUACAGCGCUUUGUGGACAUCCACAGUCUUGAUCUCAUGAUUUCCUAUCCGAAGGACAUAUGUACUGUCCCAUACUUGAUGGAGCACAUGCCAAAGUUUCCAUAUGUUACACUCGUGGCGCUGGGUGUUGUAGGAUAUGGACAUUCCUUUGCAUCUAGCUUAUUUGCCGUUCUAAGGAGGUGUACUGGUGUGAAAGAGCUGGAACUUGAUUUUGUGCCCGAAAUUCAACUUGAGCAUCUGCUGCUCCCGCUGCACCCUGCUCUCAGGCUCCCGCUCGCAGUCUCGUCUGCAGGCUCCUAA